AUGGCUAACAAACGCAAUAAACGAAAAAAGUCACUACGACAUAUAUCAAAGACAAACAGGACGAAUGCAUUACAAAGAAAUGCUAAUGCAUUGAGAUCUUGUACCAAAGAAGGUACUUUCACGUCGAAUAAUUGUACCGAUGACCAGAACGCAGAAAUGAAUCAUGGAAGUGAAUCAAAUUCUGUUGUGGACCAAUAUAACAUCAGCCUAGCAGCAGGUGAAUUUGAUGAUACUGAAAAAUCUAGUCAAGAUGACCCUCUUCUCGUAGAGUCUGAAAAUCAAGAACACGAGUUUCAACCAGUUUCAGGGAGACGCAUCAUUGACAUCAAUUACUUGUUUACUCAAUUACAGGAAAAAGCACGUCACAACAAUUUAUUUGACUGCAAAGCGGGAAAUUUUCGGCUAAUUAGUGAAAAAAGGAUUGGGCUACUGUCCGUAUUUAAAUUUGAAUGCAAUAUGUGCAAACAGCUUUGUCUUAUAAAAUCCGAAAAUACUGACACAGCAAAUAUAGACGUAAAUAUUGCGGCAACCACUGGUAUGGUAGCCUCAGGGAUUGGUUAUUCUCAGUUCGAAGAGCUUUUUUCCUUCAUGAAUAUUCACAUAUUUUCUACAAAAUUUCACAACAAACUGCAGGGACAAGUUUACGAUAGUUUUGAAAACACAGCCGCUGAAUCCAUGAAAGCUGCUGCUGAAGAAGAAAAAGAGUUGGCAAUCGCAGAAGGUCGCACCAAAAAUGGCAUACCAGUGGUUGAUGUUUACGUUGACGCUUCUUGGUGUGCUCGAUCGUACGGAUCCAACUAUAAGGCUGCGUCUGGGACUGCAGCAAUUAUUGGAAGAAGAACCGGCAAAAUUAUUUUUCUGGCGGCAAAAAAUAAAUACUGCCUUGUGUGCGCUCGCGCGGAAAGCAAAAAUUCUCCACCCAAUGAGCACAACUGUUACAAGAAUUUUGAUGGUUCAUCAUGUUCUAUGGAAGGUGACAUAAUAACUGAAGGGUUUCAGCAAUUAAUUCCAAUGUAUGGCAUUAUUUAUAAAAGAAUGAUUGCAGAUGGAGAUGCCUCGACAUAUGCAAAGGUGCUAAAAGUAGAUCCAUAUAAAUCCCAGAAUAUAACAGUGGAAAAAAUUGAAUGCAGAAAUCACAUUUUGAGAAAUCUGUGCAAAAAAAUGCGGAGUAUGGUUACAGAGACAAAAUUUCCCCUGGCUUGUAGAAAAACUCUGAUGAACCUAAGAAUAAUGUCCUUGAGAAAAGCAAUAGUCAGAUCAAUAAAACACCAUAGUAAAUCAGAAAAUACGAAAGAUAUUGCUAUAAAGUUGCUUCACAAAGAUAUCAUCAAUUCCCUAUCACAUACAUACGGAGAUCACAGAAUGUGUCAGGAUUACAACUGUGAUAAAGAAAAUGUUUUUAAUGACGGGUUGAAAUCUAUUCAAAACUCAACAUUUCUUUUCCGACUUAACUCGAUCAUUUCAAAUGUAGCUGCAAAAUCACGAAGUUUAGUAGAAAACGUAAAUACAAACAUUGUCGAAUGCUUCAACAAUGUCAUAGCAAAAUUUAUAGGAGGUAAACGCAUAAAUUUUGCCUUGAAACAAGGCUACCAAGGGAAGGUCUCCGCUGCGGUGUUAUCGUUUAAUGACAAGGCAGCAAUAUCGCAUGUCUUUAAAACACUGACGAAUAAAAACCUGUCAGCAGCCGGCCUAGCAGGAGUGGCGGAAGUUGCGGCAGCAGCAGGUGCAGCAGGAUUGGCGGAUUUUUUGGAAAGGAAAAGAAAAAGACAGAGGGCCCAGAAAAGAAAAAGCAGUUUGGAACAUCCAGCAAAAAAAAUCAAGAAAGGGGCAGUAUCAAAACAAAAUGAUUAUGGCCCUGCCAGUUCCGAUCCAGAUAUGUCUGAAUGUGAUCUAGAAAUAGCCAAAAAAGAAUUUCUUAAAAAUUUAGAAACUCUAACUGCUGACAGAGACGGAAUCGAGCGAAAUACGAUAUUACAAAGAGACAGUAUAAAAAACAUAUUGUAUAAAUCAAAUAUAAGCCAUGUUGUAUCUAUUGCCCAUGGUAUUGAAAAUGAGCAGCUAGCGUUGCAAAAGAUACAACACCAAGAAUAUGUGUCUAUUAAGCCUUGUGGACUGUUUAUAGAUAAAGAUUUCCCAUUUAUUGGUGCGACGCCAGACGGGCUUAUUGGAAAUCAUGUUCUGGUAGAAGUUAAAUGUCCUUUUUCAGCGUCAAAAAUUGGCUUGACAAAGGCUAUAGAAGAAAAUAAUAUCCAGAUAUUAAAAUAUAAUAAAAAGACGCGGACUACAACAAUUAAUAAAAAAAGUAAUUGGUUUUUUCAAGUGCAAGGGCAACUGCAUGUAACAGGACGACGGCAAUGUCUAUUUGGUAUUUGGGCCGGGGAAAAAGAACCAGUACAUAUCGAAAGAAUCGAAAAAGAUGAUGAAUUUUGGAAAUCAAAGAUGGAA